AUGCAGAUUAAGAGAGAUUUUGAGAAGAAAAUGGAAGAAGAUCGGAACAAGUCCGUGAAGGAAAGCGGUGCAAAGCUGCCAAAAUUAACUAUAACUAAGUUCCAAGGUACCCAUUUGGAUUGGCUACGAUUUUGGAGUCAGUUCGACACCGAAAUAGAUCAAGCUGCCAUUACGCAAGUGGCAAAGUUCUCGUACCUGAAAGAGCUCCUUGUCCCGAAAGUUCGAUCUGCCGUCGAUGGCCUACCUUACAACACCGAGGGAUACGAACGUGCUAAGGCUAUCUUAACAGCGAAGUACGGAAAACCGAGUGAAGUCGCCAACGCCCACAUCCAGCGUAUUAUUGCUUUGCCUACUGUACAGGGAUCGCAGCCAGCAAAAGUACACGAUUUUUAUGAAAAUCUGGCCACAAACGUUCAAGCACUCGACACGAUGGGAAAAAUAAAGGAAAUCAACGGGUAUGUUAGAGUCACUCUGGACAAAUUACCUGGUAUCAGGGCUGACCUUGUUCGCUUGGAUGACAACUGGCAUGAGUGGGCGUUCCCUCAGAUGUUGGAGGCACUUCGUAAAUGGUGUGACAGGAAUCCUUUAAACUCUUCCGACCAACCAAACAAGUCGCGAGACAGAUUGUUCAACUCAAGGCAAGAAGAUUAUCGACAGAGACCGUGCGUUUACUGCAAUUCAACCAGCCACAAGUCUGUUAACUGUGACAAGAUAGCGAGUGUCGGAGACAGGAAGAAGCAUCUCAGUGAGAGAAGGUUGUGUUUUAAUUGCACUGGCACAAGACACAGAGCUACAGAUUGUCGUAUUACUAGAGGCUGCCAGAAGUGUCAUGGAAGACACCAUACAUCAAUCUGUGACAAAGAGCCCCAACAGUUACUACUAGCCACAUUUGAAGAUGAAGUUGUUUACCCAGUGGUAGUCGUCAACGUGAAUGGGAUAACAUGCCGAGCUUUAUUGGACACAGGGGCCGGAAGCUCCUAUGCUUCAGCUACAUUGGUCAAGCACCUUGGGAAACAACCAGCCAGAGCAGUGUACAAGAAGAUUGACAUGAUGCUGUGCUCAAGAAAGCAGAAAAUUGAACAGUAUGAUGUCAGCAUUUCAAGUAUUCAAGGGAAAUUUGAGAUGACAACAAUGGUGAGUAAGGUCGAUAAGAGUGUCCUUCUAUCAAUUCCAAAUCCCAGAUACGCUGAUAAGAUCAAGACAUUUUCACACCUCGGGGGUGUUACCAUGGAUGAUGAAGAUACCAAGCCCGAACUACCAAUUCAUCUAAUACUGGGAGCAAGUGAGUACUCCAGAAUAAAGACCAACACUAAGCCGAAGAUUGGCAAGGCUGGUGAACCGAUCGCUGAACUAACUACACUGGGGUGGACCAUGAUGUCGGCAGGCAAAGAAAUGGGGCUAAACAGUGUCUACCUGACCAGAACGUCUUCAGUAGAGUAUCAACAGCUGUGUAGUCUAGACGUGUUGGGCCUUCAAGACAGACCAGAUGGAGAUCAGCAGAGCGUGUAUGAAGAAUUUAAAGAACAGUUAAGGCGGAGCGACGAGGGAUGGUAUGAAACAGGUUUGCUGUGGAAACAUGGUCACAAGCCGCUCCAAAGCAACGAGCAUGGAAGUCUCCGAAGACUUGCAAACCUCACGAAGAAACUUCAAAGACAGCCCGAUCUCCUCGCGCAGUAUGACCAGAUAAUUCAAGACCAACUGGAGACGGGGAUCGUUGAGAGAGUGACGUCAGAACCUGUAGGAAGGGAGUUUUACAUUCCACACAAGCCUGUCAUUAGAGAGUCAGCUGAAUCCACCAAACUGCGAAUUGUGUUCGAUGCAUCAGCGAAAGCUAACGAGAAGAGUCCAUCAUUGAACGACUGCUUGGAAACAGGACCGGCUCUUCAGAACCUCCUGUGGGAUGUUCUAGUGCGAAACCGCCUGAAACCAAUAGCUCUGGCCGGCGACCUAAAGCAAGCAUUUCUACAGGUGCGCAUUCGGAUGGAAGAUCGAGAUGCCCUUCGGUUCCACUGGUUUAAGAACAAAGCGACAUCUGAAGUAGAAGUUCUCAGGUUCACCCGUGCACUGUUUGGCCUUGUGCAGUCACCUUUCUUGCUAGGAGGGACAUUGCAGCAACACUUGGAGAGCCAGAGAGAAAAGUACCCAAAAGAAGUAGAAGACAUCCUGCAGAGCUUGUAUGUUGACGAUGUGAUAACUGGUGGAGAAACCGUGGAGGAGGUGCGCGCACUCAAGGAAAUUGCCGUGGCAGUAUUNUUGACAAAGCCGAAAGUUUUCCUUUAA